GAUGAUGUGGUAGCUUUCUACACACAUCUAUAGAUAAUUAUCAAUCAAUAAUGGUAGUUGUUAUCGCAAAAUCGCCUUCCUGCCGAUUUGGCCGGGUACACACAUUAAUAAAGGCGUUAUUGUUUUUAAUCACAUUCUUUUGUGUCACCUUUAAACACACGGAAUCACUGGUGUCUACAAUUUCUACUAAAGGUUUUGCCUCGUUUGAUGAAGUCCAUGCCGAUGUAAAUCCCCAAAAUGACGCGAAUGAACUGGCAGAGUACUGUAUUGCUGGAGCAAGAAGUUCUGGGCAGCCUGUGCAACUGGUCAGGCCAUUGACAAACCGUCUAGGAAUCGAAUUGGUACCCGAGGGUCUGCAACUAUUGGCAUCGCUCCAGAAACCAAUUGCUGUCGUAUCAGCUGUUGGGAAUAUUAAGACCGGUAAAAGUUCUCUCCUUAAUGUGCUAAAUGAGAAUACCUUCUGUGCAAAUGGUGAGCAUAUUAAUGGUUUCGCAACGAAUGAUCGUGUUGAACCCCUUACUAGGGGGAUAUGGAUCUGGUCAGCUCCCGUAGAAGUGGACUGCUCAUUAGUCCAACAACUAUCAGAUAAGAAAUAUAGCCAAACUGGCGUAUUUGACCACUUGGUGGUCAAAAUCACAUCUCUAUUUGAAGGUCAAUUAAAAGCAUCAUUGGUUGAUAAGGUGAAUAUCAACGCCUCUGACUGUCUAUACAAGAAGAUAAAUGUAGUAUUCAUGGACAUAGAAGGCUUUAAUGCCACAGAUGGCUUUCAGAAAUAUGACGAGGCACUGUUUACAAUUGCUGCUGCGCUAAGCACGGAACUGAUCUAUCUUAAUCAUCGUAUAAUUGACGCAGCUGAUAUCAUACAGUUACAACGCAUGCUGCAAUCAGCGAGCCAUACCCUGGUAAACAUGUACAAAUCGCUGUCCAACGUACCAAGUGUGAAAAUGCAAUUGGGUAAAGAUGGUAAAGGUUAUAGUGGGAUAGAUAUUGUAAAGCAGGGUGAAAAGGCUACAGAGAUAUUCACAGAGGAACCUAAUACUAAUGCAAACCAAAUUUCUGAUGCCGAAUCACUUAACUUCAGCGACAUGCUAUUAGAACUCCAGAAAAGCGCCAACUUAACACUUGCUGUUCAAGGAUUCGAUUUUAAGUUAAAUUACACUGCACUGGAUUAUGUUAAUAGUGUGGUUAAUCAGAAACGCUAUGAUAUUUCGUAUGGUGAUCAAAAGUCUUUUUAUGAUUACUUAGAACAAACACGUACAAGUUUUGUAAAGUUGAUCCAACAAGAUGGCAAUGCUGAUCCCGAUCAAGUAGUCGCUGAUAUUUUAACCAAGUUGACUUCAAAAUACAAAUAUAGCAUCCCGCAUCUCUUUGGUUCAGUCGAUGCACUUCUUACAUCAAGACCCUGUGCUUAUUAUGGAGGCUGCAAGAAAGGUGACCUCCAUAAGGAAUAUUUGGAUAGUAUAAAGAACUACAAAAUGAGACUUUAUAAACGCAGUGUUUCUUGUCCAAAGAAACGAAUAUCAACUGUACAGCAAUCAUUGACACUCAUGACAGGAGAGGACCUCGGUCAUGUAUUGGCCCAUCUCAUUAAAAUAUUAAACUACUCAAUGCAGCAUGAUGUAGAAAUUUCCGGCGAAGACAGUAAAAUAACUAGAGCUAGAUUGGUUGUUCAUGACUUGGUAGAGUUGUAUUCCGCAGAUCUUUUGGGUUUUAUCAACAAGACUCCCAUACCACUGGAAAAGGAAUUCGAAAUUUUCAACGGUGUUAUAUCCCCAAAGUAUUCGCAUCUGCUGGCCAUAAAUCUCCAGUACGACCUAAAUCCGAUGAUGUACCAACAGCUUAAGGGUGACUAUGACAAAAGAGUACACGGGAUAUACUCGCAUUUGUUACAGCAGCUCCAUAGGAUAACGAUGGAUUAUUGUUCCUCAAAAGUUGCCCAUGUGAGAAAUGUUAUACGCAUGCGUAUUGAAGGAUUUAAACUGCCUGUAUUGCCUAAAGUUAUCGAAGAGUUCGAAAGUAGCAAACAAAAAUUACUGGAGAUAUACACCUCAGCGAUAGAUGAAGCUGGCAUCAAGUACUCUGACAGCGAAGCUUGCAAGCAAGUAUAUAUAGAUAUGAAUGAAUUUAUAAAUAGCCAAAUAGAUGACCUCAAAACGGAAAAUGAUAAUGAAAUAAAUAUGAAAUUCCAGGAAGCCGCCAGGCAUGCCAUAGGCUGUUUUAUCGCCGAUGCAGAUCGAAAUGAUUUAGAUAAGUACAAAGUUACAUAUGAAAAAUAUGAAUCAUCUUUGCAAUCGUGGAUUAAAACUGUAGAUGAUGUUUUCAAAAGUGAAAUUGGUGACUUUAGCUCAAUAAAACGGUUCAAUGAUCCCACAGUUGCGUUCUUGCAGCAGCAGAUGGCAUUGUUAGUCAAGGAAAGCAGGGAUCACUGGAAUGACGUUUGUAAAGAUUCUAUAGAGCAUAUAACACAAAAAUUCAAAAGAACGUUUGACGGCAAGCUACAGAAACUACUCCCAGUGAGACCCGCCCCUACGCAGCUCAUGUCACUUGGGGUUGAGUAUAUACGAUACAUGGGACUGAAAGAGAUCAACGGUUUAUACUGUGGCUCUCAUAAAACUGCAAAGAAGUUACACGAAAAGUUCAAUCAAAUGAUCGAUGCAAUGAAGCAAAGAGUACUAGAAGAAAAUGACGAAAGCAUAUUGAAGCACUUUCACAAGGAAUUUAAACUAAUGCAGGAAGAAGCUAUGGAACGUGUGAAUAAUGUCUACCAUUACUACCAGCUUGAAUCGCACCUUUACUGGUAUGUAAGGAAACAUAUUUUCCCACAGUCCAAAAGCUUGAUACAAUUGUUAAGACCUGAAAAGGCUCUUGAUGAAAUGAAGAAAAUUAUGGAUAUGAAUAUUGUAAACAGUGUCACUGAUGAAAAGAUACAUCAACAAAUGAAAAAUAUCAUGCUCAAAGAUAGUUCCAAGGCACUUCAUGCCCUUAAAUUGGACAGUGACAUGUUAUUAACUGCCGUGGUUGGCAAUUGGCUAAAAACGCAACUAUAUCCCAAUAUACGAGAUAAACUGAUGAUACGCCUGCCGAAGAUGACUACUUUCUUUGCUAUGAUCGUAUGCAUUAUAUGUACCAUGUUGUUGUUCAAGGCCAAAAACAUAAGAACCUUUUAUUACUUAUGUUUCUGUAAUGCAGCAGCCUUGUUGUAUAUCUUAGGUAUGCGCAAUUUCUUAUUGGUAAUAGGAACGGCUCUGCAGUGGAUCGCAGCGAUUGUUAUAAACAUUAUGAAGUAUAUUGGAACGGCUUGGUUUAUCGCUAUAACUGGAAUAAUAAUGUCCGUAUCUUUUAUAUGGAAAUACUACCGCCGUCGUUCCGAAGAGUCAAGAAGGUCACGAAGGACGAAAUACCUUUUACUUAAACGUAGUAGAUAAAGUUUCCGUGACAUAGGUUAAUAAUGCCGACUAGCUUACUGGAUAUGGUUGAUGGACAUAAAUGCUACAUUUGCGGCUU